AGGCCACCCAGCCAGCCAAGCCAGCGAGCAAAACAAAUAAAUAAUAACACUUGGUCCUGCGUCCUCUCUCUCUCUCUCUCUCCAAAUAUAUAUACCAAAUCCCUCACAAAUCUCGCCAGUUCAUUUCGCUUCGGCUCACCACCUCUUUCAGAAUUCUCCCCACCUUCAACUUCUCUCUCUCUCUGAAGUCAUUUUCCAGAACACUGACAGCUCUGCUUAGAUCUCUCUCUGCUCGUUGCCGCUGAGCAGUUCCGAGCUUGCUUAGCAAUUCAAUCCAGAUGCAGUAGCACCGUCGUCUCUGAUUUUCGCUCUCGAGUAUUGGUGCGGGAGCUGAUACUUCUUGAUCUGAUUUCCUUGCUCUCGAAUUGGAGGAUUUGGCAGACAGCAAUGGACGGCGCCGGCGGUGAGGGAACGGUGAGGCUCGGGGCUCUCAACUUGAGGGAGCGCAGCGGCCUGGACUCUGAUGUGUCGGUUUCGUCGCCGGUCACCAGGCAGAAAGCUGCCGCCGCCAAGCAGUUCAUCGAGAAUCACUACAAGAACUACUUGCAAGGAUUGCAGGAUCGCAAAGAGAGACGGCGGACGCUCCAGCGCAGAGCACAAGAGGCUCAUGUAUCAAGUGAGGAGCAGGAGGAAUUGAUGAGGAGCCUGGAGAGGAGAGAAACUGAGUUCAUGAGGAUGCAAAGACGCAAAGUUGGGAUCGAUGAUUUCGAACAAUUAACUGUCAUUGGUAAAGGUGCAUUCGGAGAGGUCAGGUUAUGCAAGGCCAAAGGCACUGGGGAGAUUUUUGCCAUGAAGAAACUGAAGAAAUCGGAAAUGCUUAGCCGUGGGCAGGUUGAGCAUGUUCGAUCAGAGAGAAAUCUACUAGCCGAGGUGGACAGUCGGUGCAUUGUAAAGCUGUUCUAUUCUUUUCAAGACUCAGAGUUCUUGUACCUAAUAAUGGAAUAUUUACCUGGUGGAGACAUCAUGACAUUACUGAUGAGAGAAGAUAUUCUUUCCGAGGAUGUUGCUCGUUUUUACAUAGCAGAAAGCAUCCUAGCGAUACACUCAAUUCAUCAACACAAUUACGUUCACAGAAAUUAUGCUGCUUGUAGGGACAUAAAACCAGAUAACCUUAUACUGGACAAAAAUGGCCAUUUGAAGCUUUCAGACUUUGGUCUGUGUAAGCCCCUUGAUGAUAAAUAUUCAACUUUGUUGGCAAAUGAGGAUAUUGUGAACCAGGAGGCCACGACUGACAGCGGAGGCAGUGACAGGCCACCUUGGAUGAUGCCCAAGGAGCAAUUGCAACAAUGGAAGCGCAAUCGCCGUGCCCUUGCUUAUUCAACUGUUGGAACUCUUGAUUACAUGGCUCCUGAAGUGCUCCUGAAGAAGGGAUAUGGAAUGGAAUGUGAUUGGUGGUCCCUUGGUGCAAUUAUGUAUGAGAUGCUUGUUGGAUACCCACCCUUCUGUUCUGAUGAUCCCAGGAUCACUUGCCGCAAGAUAAUAAACUGGAAGACAUGUAUGAAUUUCCCCGAGGAGCCCAAGUUAUCCAAUGAGGCCAAAGACCUGAUUCGCCAUCUGCUUUGUGAUGUUGAUACAAGGCUGGGCACCAGAGGAGUGGAAGAAUUGAAGGCACAUCCAUGGUUCAGAUCCGUUCAGUGGGAUAAGCUGUAUGAAAUGGAGGCUGCAUAUCAGCCUACAGUGAAUGGAGAGUUGGACACACAGAAUUUUGAGAAGUUUCCUGAAUUGGAUGGUGCACCAUCAGCAAUACCAAGUGUGGGACCCUGGAGAAAGAUGUUGGCUUCGAAAGAUACCAACUUCAUCGGAUUCACUUACAAGAAAUCAGAUGUCCUCAAAUCGUUGGAAAGCUCAGGUACAGACAUGAAAUCAAAUGGAAGCUCCCCAUCGUUGAUUUCCUUGUUAGGUCAAAUGGACUUGCAAGAUACUGUGAUACCGGAAGUUGAUGACAGGGCAGAAUCCUGAUUUUCGACCGUCAUCCUGCUUCUGAUGCUAGGAUCUUUCUUAUUGUCGGUUUCUUGACCAAUUUACAACUCCACAAAAAGAAGCCGGGUACGAAGGCCACACCUAGGUGAAUAUCUUGCCAGCAGGAGAAAGAUGAAUAAGGUUCAGAAUGAGAUAUUUUUUGACGCUCAACUCGCCCCCACCAAGGAAAUGGGAAGCACGGUAUUAAUCGAGAAGCUUCCGAUCGAGUCGAUCAAGAAAAUGAAUUCGGGAAAAUAAUGUUGAAUGUCAAUUUCCAAAACCUUUGUUGUUCUGUAUCUGAUGGAAUCCGACGUUUCCCUCGUCUAGAGCACGCCAACUUAUUUGAAAGGUCAUGCACAAUAUUACAGUCACGAACAUGGUGUUUGGCUCGAUAUGCCUCCGACUCGUCUUAAAGCUUGCUAGUCUCGACGUGAUUGUACUGCCGCUCCGUCUCGACAUAGUGGUCCAGAUACAAUUAUAGAAGAAGGGAGGGAAAUAUUGAAGCCAAAAUUGGGCAGCGAUAAUUGUCCCUUGGUUAGAAAAAAGUAGCUAUCUAAGUGUCGCUUUUGCUACAUAACUGUAUUCAUUUAUGUGUUGCUUGCUAG